AUGAGGCAAAGAGCCUCGGCCAAGAAAACCCGCAUUGAGGACCCACCAGCAGCUGGUCCUUCAAAAAAUACAACACCACCUCCUUCUCCCCUCGAGCAGCAAACUCCGCCUGCACCGGUCGAGUCGACCCCUUCCCCACCGGCUCCUGUUGAUCAUACACAGCUAGCAGCUCUUGUCCAAACAUGGGAUGACAUACCGAGCCGCGCUCUAAGAUCGGCCAAGGAUAGGAUGACAAGGAUCCUGAGGCACGAGCGUAGCCGAGAAGCUAUGGUUGGGACAGAGUCGAUGGAUGUCGACCAUAUCUUGAAUCGCACCCUAAACGAGCUUGCCAGUGCAAUGUUGACCGUGACUGCCAGCCAGCUUCGCUCGGGGGUCAUCACUGAGCAAUCCAAGUCGUCCGAGCAACGACAUGCUGAGGAGCUUAAGGCUGCUGAAGAGAAAUAUGCAGAGCAGCUCGAGGAGGCUCAGAAGGAAAAUGCAGCAUUGCUUGAGGAGAAAAAUAAACUGGUCGAGGAGAUGGCGCAAAACUAUCUUCCUGAGUGCAUGAGGCAAACUGAAAUAGCCCGAUGCGCUUCUCGCUUGGAGGAGGAAGAAAGAGCGAAGAUCCCAGCCUCGCCCGAAAUCUCCUUGGCCACUGACAUGGAAGGUGUGGACAAUGAAGCCGAAGUUGUAGUCGACCAGGAAAAUCCACAAGAUCCUCCUGCCUCCUGA